AUGGAUGGCUGGAAUGAAAUAGCACGAAUACCCACAACAAAGCCAACACCAGCAUGGCCACCCAAUGGACCAGGAAGGGUAAGAGUACCGGACUCCAAUCCAGUUAUAUCUGCAUUGCGAUUCGAUACUAUGCAGAAUCUCAUAUGGUAUGGUGAUUCCUUUGGUUAUACUAAGUCUUUGACCAGUUCCCAAACAAAUCCAACAUUGAAUCCGUAUCAGAGAAGUAUUCAAUUGUUCCCGUAUACUAAAUUCAAGACUUGUGAUGGUAUCAAUAAUCCUGUGAUUGAGUUGCUUCCUCACAAAGACGGGAUUUUAUCGUUACUGAAGAAUCAAAUAGCAUUUAAUAAUAGAAGAGGAAUCCCCAAGUUUCACGCUUCAGCAGCUUCUUUUCAUGAUAAUUUAUUCACUAAUUUAAACUCAAUGACUUUCAAUUGUAAUUCAUUGAAUGAUGUUGUGGUUGGAACAAAGUUGUCAUUGAUGAAGUUUGAUUUACAUAAACCUACAGUACUUACAUCAUUCAAUCACGACGGAAACGUCUCCAUGGUUAAGAACACUUCCAAGUUAUUGACAAUUGCCAAGGGUAACGGAUCAUUAGAACUUUUUGAUCCCGUGUCCAACACUUCCAUAAAAACAUUCAAUUCACAUAAUGGGUUUAUUUCCGAUAUGGACGUUAGAGGAAACUAUAUCGCUACUUGUGGAUACUCGUUGCGUCCAAAGCGUUUUCAUCAUCAUGGACAUGCACCACAGAGUGACUUUGUGGUUGACCCUCUAGUUAACAUUUAUGAUACAAGAAUAAUGAGAGCAAUUGCACCAAUUCCAUUCCCUGCCGGUGCUACUUCAGUGAGAUUCCAUCCGAAAUUACCUAAUAUCGUCAUCGUUUCUUCAAGCACAGGCCAGAUACAAUUUGUUGAUAUGUUUGAUCAAACCAAUGUAUAUCUCUACCAGGCUGAUUUGUCUCCACCUCAUAAUCAAAUGCACACUCUCUCGGAUAGUGGUGCUGCAUCCUUAAACAACCUUGAAAUUAGUGAUAACGGUGACUUCCUUUUGUUUAAUGACAAUUAUUCUAAUUUGCAUCUUUGGUCAAUUACAAAUAUUAGUGGUGUUACAAGCAAGGAUUUUGUCAAUUUCCCCCUGGCUAUCGAGGAACCGGAUAUUCCUGACCCAACCCUCGAGGAAAAUAAGAUUGGUAUCGAUGAUAAUGUUCCAUUAUCAUGUAUUGGAAUGCCAUAUUAUAAGGAUUUGUUGUUAUCUAAUUACGCAUCAGAUUUGAAAUUUGUCAAGGAAUUUGCUCGAGCACCUGAAGGCAUCAAUGCUGAUUUACUUCUUGAAUCGGAGAGAAAUGGAGGUAGGUUCAUGCUUUAUGAUAAGGCUAAAUAUGGACCGGGGAAUAUCGUGAAGAAGUUUGAUAUUGUCGAGGGGAAAACUGCUAUCAAGAACAAGUCUCAAAUACCAAAGUUUAUAAGUGAAAGGAAUGGCAAUGGUGCAGAAAAGAAUGGAACUGAAGAAAUUCCAGGCAUUGCUUCUGAGAUUAUUGAUGAGUCAAUCUUUCAAUAUAAGAGUUCCAAUCUGUCUGUUAUUCCCAAUUGUUAUUCGCGCUUACAAAUUCAAUAUUCUCGUUUCGGUGUUCGAGAUUUUGAUUUUGAAUUCUACAAUAAAACAAAUGGAUUGUAUUGUGGAUUGGAAAACCACACUGACAAUUCAUACAUUAACUCAUUGUUACAACUAUAUCGUUUUCUGCCUGUGUUUUAUAACAAGAUUGUCAAAAACUUGUUGAAUGAAUGGUUGCCCUGUGAUCUUGAUACGAUUUUGGUUAAUACAGAGGGUUCAUCUAUCUUGACUGAAUUGGGAUAUUUGUUUGACAUGAUGGAUAAGGCUAAGGGGAAUAAUGUUAAGAUUUACAACUUUGCUCAAGUUGUGACACACAACAAAGAUGCAAUUGCCCAUCACCUCAUUAAUCUUGACGAAAUGAACCAUUUGAAUUCUUUAGACGUUCGAAACUUGAUUAUUUCAUUUAAUAAGUUUUUGCUCAGUCAAAUCAACAGUGAUUUACACGUACAAUCGCAGGAUUCUAUUGAGGAAAUUAUGAAAUUAACAUAUAUGGUUGAAGUUAGAGGCAAUGAAAGCACUUGUCCCGUGUAUGACAAGAGUUAUGGAUCUAUACUUUCAUUGGAUUUAGUUACACCUCCAAGUAACAUGCUUAACAAAAUGAGUAUCUUGAUUAACCCUCAUCUUAAUACUACCGCAGCCCAGCAACCACCCCAAUUGGCCAAUAUCCGUCGUAAUGUGAACAUUUUAACAUAUUUGGAAUACUCCAUGAAUCAAGUGAAACUCGUACCAUGUCAACAACACCAGCAUGCAUAUCCACAUAGCCUUGAAAUAAAAACCACUAUUACUAGUUUACCUCCAGUUUUGGUACUUAAUGUGAAUCUUUCCAAUGAAGAGUUUCAAUUGAUAAAUGGGUUUAGAAAGUGGAUAAUCCCCGAGUUCUACGCGGUAAACCAGAAGGAUAAGUUUAGUUUCAAGUCAAUGAUUAGUCCAUUUGACAAGGCCAAUAGUGCCAAAUAUGACUUGUUGGGAUUUGUAUGUGAGAUAAGCCAUCUGUCUGACUUUGCCUUGGGCAUGCAUGGGUUGGUCACAUUUGUGAAGUUAGACCAAUGGUAUUUGUUUAAUGAUUUCUUGGUUAUGCCUAUACCAGAGGAAGAAGUGCUUGAUUUAUCUUCUCCGUGGAAGAAACCGGUUGUUGUCAUAUAUCAAGAAUCAUCUAUUGCCCAAACUCCAUUUGAAUAUUUCAAUAUAGAGACAUUUGGCAAGUUACCUAACUUGAACGAUUCUAUCCUUUAUCGGGAUCAUUUUGCGGGAACUAUUAGGGAAGGCUACAAAAAAGAGUAUGAGUUGUUGACGAAGCAAGAAGCACCUAAGGCAGAUACACUUGUUGCCAUUGAUGCUGAAUUUGUGUUAUUGAAUCCCGAACUAUUGGAAGUGCAUUAUGACGGGUUUAAGAAAUUGAUCAAACCCAAGAUACUUUCAUUGGCAAGAGUGUCGGUAUUGCGAGGUGAAGAAGAAACUGCGUUCAUUGAUGAUUAUGUCGUUCACACAGCCAAGAUCCACGAUUAUUUGACAAGUUUCUCUGGGAUUGAAGAUCUGGACUUGGACCCUAUUAGGUCGGCUAAAAAUUUGGUCACUUUACAAACCGCAUACCGUAAGCUUUGGUUAUUGUUGAAUUUAGGAGUUGUGUUUGUUGGCCAUGGGUUGUACAAUGAUUUCCGUUGUAUUAAUUUACAAGUUCCUAAAAAGCAAAUACGGGACACUGCUGAGUUUUAUUACAAGAGCGAUUUCAAACGACAAUUGGGUCUUAAGUUUUUGGCAUAUGUGUUGUUGAAAGAGAAGGUGCAGAGUAAUAAUCAUGAUUCCAUUGAAGACGCCUACACUGCAUUGAUGUUGUAUAAGAAGUAUUUGGAGUUAACUUCCCAAGGCAUGUUUGAAUCUACCUUGAAUUUCAUCUAUUCUGAAGGGCAACAGAUGAGAUUUAGAGUUCCAGAAGACAAUUAA